AUGGGUCUAAGUUCAAGGAAACAGGUUCCAAUUGGUUUUGCUCAUAGAAGCGACCAAGUGAAAACUCCGGCCAUUGAUAGCACACCAGUCCAGCCACCUCCCCCAGACAUGGCUACAAUUCAUGAUGAUGACGAGCGGCUCCUAGCACGGAUCGGUUAUAAACAGGAACUGCGUCGCGAGUUUUCAAAAUGGUCCACAGUAUCGUAUGCCAUCUCGAUCCUUGGCGUACUGGGUUCAGUCCCGGCCACUUUUGCAUCACCUCUUGCUGCUGGAGGGCCUGCUACUGCAGUGUGGUGCUGGUUCAUCGGUUCGUGCAUGGCAAUGUGUAUCGGUAGUUCUGUGGCAGAGCUAGUAUCAGCGUAUCCAACAGCGGGAGGCAUGUAUUUUGUCACAAAACACGUUGUGCCAAAAGAUCAAGUCGCCAUAUUUGCUUGGGUUCAGGGAUGGUGCAAUUUGCUGGGCCAGACGGCGGGUGUGUCGAGCGUUACUUAUACAGUCAGCCAGAUGUUGCUCGCCUGUGCAAGUAUGAACUCGACUUAUGAAGAUGGGCAAUAUUCCUACUCGCCAACGGCAGCCCAGACGGUGUUCGUGUCAAUUGGACUCUUAUGUGUUAUGGGAGUGAUUUGCUCCCUGACGACAAAAAACUUGCAUCGGAUUGUCUUUUGGUUCGCCCCAAUCAAUAUUUUGGCAACCAUUGGUAUCUGCGCUGCAAUUUUAACUUUGACCCCUGAGAAGCAGUCUGCAGAAUGGGUAUUUACCCAUGUGACUGAUGGUUCUGGAUGGGGAUCCAGAGUUUUUUCCUUUCUUCUCGGCUUUUUGUCUGUGGCCUGGACGAUGACUGACUAUGAUGGAACAACCCAUAUGUCAGAAGAAACUCAUGAUGCAGCCAUUCAAGGACCGAUUGCCAUUAGAUCAGCCGUGCUUGUCUCGGGCAUACUCGGUUGGAUUUUAACAGUAUCAAUGUGUUUCUGCAUCAACGACCUGGAUGCCAUUCUAAAAAGCCCGACUGGAAUGCCCGCCGCGCAGAUUUUCCUCAACGCCGGUGGUCGAACUGGUGGUACAAUCAUGUGGUUCUUUGUGAUCCUCGUACAAUUCUUUACUGGGUGUUCUGCAAUGCUAGCAGAUACUCGCAUGGCGUAUGCUUUUGCUCGGGAUGAGGCCCUGCCGUUUUCAAAACUGUUAGCAAAUGUUAACGAGUAUACACACACUCCUGUCAAUGCCGUCUGGUUUGUUGUGAUAUUUAGUAGCGCUCUAAACCUGAUUGCAAUUGGGUCGACCGAGACAGCCACGGCAAUAUUUAACGUCACUGCACCUGCGUUGGAUGUUUCUUACAUCUCUGUUAUUCUAGCCCAUAUGAUUUACAGACAUCGAGUGAAGUUUAUCGAAGGGCCAUUUACUCUUGGAAGAUGGGGUACACCGAUUAAUAUCAUAUCUGUUACGUGGGUGAUUUUUAUCAGCACCGUGCUGUUCUUCCCUCCUACUAAGCCCGUCACCGCGGCCAAUAUGAACUACGCUAUAUGUGUCGCUGCGUUUAUCGCCAUAUUUUCCUUGUCCUGGUGGUGGCUAGCAGCAAGAGAUAAAUAUACCGGACCUCGCACAAAGGAAAUGAUCGAAUCGCUUCCGGAGGACGAUUAUGACGACUUUCUCAGCGAUGGCCAAACAAGUCUAGAUGGUGCUUAA